CCCGCAUUCUCCAAAAUCACCCACAUCAAAAAUUCUUGUUACUUCUGACUUUCGAGAGUAAUUCUGUAGAUCGACGUAACACUAUGGCAAACACCAAUCCCUUUUCAAUGUCGACAAUAUUCAAUGCUUUACACGAACUCCGUUUUGGCCCCGAAAGAGAAAUCAUGAAUGAGGAGCCUCCGGCGAUUCCUCCUCCUCCUUCACGAGGCGGCGAUUCCUUAUUCCACUGCGGUGAUCCGGAGUUGGAUUUGCACUGGCUAUUCAACUUUAUGACUAGCAGCGAAGAUGUGCCUCGCUUUAAAGAAGUGAUCUCAGUGUUAGACGUGAGAACGCUUAUGUGGAUGGCGUCUUCUUUGACGUCUGACUGCCGUUACUUCAUGGUCAUCGCAAGAAAUCAGUACGGCUCCAAAAGCAUACAGAGACUCAUGGGGAUGUCAGAUGACGUGGACGUCUUCUUCUUCGCGGCUAUCAUGCGCCUCUUCCUAGAUGUGAUGACCGAUAAGUACGCGUCCUACGUGGCGAUAAAGGGAAUGAGAGUUUUCCAACAGGACAAGAGAGAGUUGAUGUAUGAGCACAUUCUCCGAUACGCGCUUUACUUGGCGCGUGACAAACACGGUUACAUCGCCCUCAACGAAAUCAUAACCGACUUGGACGAUCCUUACUACAGAAACCAGCUCCUGGACAUAGUCGCGAACAACGCUCUUUUGCUAAGCAACGAUGCUUAUGGGAACUUUGUGGUCCAACAUGUGCUUAAACUACGUGACUACCGCUGCACGCGUAACAUCGCUGAUAAUCUAUGUGGCCACUGCGUCGAACUCUCGUUUAAAAAGUAUGGAAGCUACAUCGUGGAGCGGCUUUUGGAGGUGGGGGACUCAGUAAUGGAACUAGUGGUUAUGGAUCUUUUGGCGUGCAAGAGAGAGAUGUUGAUGAAGUUGGCGAGGAGUGAGUACGGGAAUUUCGUGGUGUGCAACGCACUGGAAUUAACGGAGGAAAUUCUUACGGCUGAUCUGUUUUAUGAUUUGGUGAGAAAGCUCAAGCCUUAUCGCCAUCUCUUGCGUAGGUCUCCUGGAAGCAAGAUUGCAGCCAUCUUGGACUCAAUGCCUACGUCCCAAACUAGUUAAUGCUAGUUAUGUUUUGAGUGUUCAAUUCUAGUAGAAGAAUGAUAGGUUAUGGAUUCUCAUUACCUUCAUAAAGAAGAAGGAAGAAGCUGGUGUUGACCAAGUGUCGAAGACAAGGAAGAAGACUCUAUGAGAGAGGGGUUUAGCUACUAUCUUUACUUUAGAACUAUAUCGUUUUAGGCUUGUUGGUGUAUUUAAGCACUGAUUCCGCAUUAUUAGGGCUUUAUCUUAUGAAUGAUCAAUUAUCUUAUCAAAUGAAUUCUCUUUUUAUCU